CAGGGGCGGGGCCGCGCGCCUGUAGCCCGGGACUUUAAGGUCACCCGGAAGGCGGUGGGAUAGGCCCGGUCGGGACUGCGGGCGUGCGCGCUCCUCACCUCUAGCGUCCAGCGCGGGCGGCGCGCUCCGUGUCCCGCUCACCUGUGCGGAUUGCGUCGUAUCCGCUCGCCGCCGACCGCUGGCUAUGGCUGCCGCGGUGGGCGCCCGGCUCCUCCGCGCCGCCUCCGGGGCCCUGGGCAGUGCCCGCCGUGCCCGGCUGCUGCUUGGCGGUCCGUGCGCGGGGCCCAACCGGACUCUGAGCCUGUCGGCUGGCGCGCGGAGCAGCUCAGAAGAUAAAGUAACUGUCCACUUUAUAAACCGUGACGGUGAAACGUUAACAACCCAAGGAAAAGUUGGUGACUCCUUGCUGGAUGUUGUGGUUGACAAUAAUUUAGAUAUUGAUGGUUUUGGUGCUUGUGAAGGAACUCUGGCAUGUUCUACCUGUCACCUUGUCUUUGAAAAGCACAUCUAUGAGAAGUUGGAUGCAAUCACGGAUGAGGAGAAUGACAUGCUUGAUCUGGCAUAUGGACUGACAGAUAAAUCCCGAUUGGGCUGCCAGAUCUGUUUGACGAAGUCUAUGGACAAUAUGACAGUUCGGGUACCUGAAGUUGUGGCCGAUGCGAGACUGUCGAUUGAUCUAGGCAAGAAAUCCUAAGCCAAACUGAAGAUGUUUUUUCAAGAAAUCAGCCUAUUUUUAUAAUUAUUGUUUUUAAUGUUAAUGAGAUCCUGGAGAAAUGGGUUUUAUUAUAUCCAGCUUUAUUACUUUAAUUCACUUUGUAUAACGGCUUAAUUUUACAGUUUUGAAAGUGCAAUCUUUAUUUUUGGUUCAAUUAUAAAAAUCUUAUCAAAUAUCAGAAAAUAGUCUAAUAAAAUGUCAAGAUAUUUUACCUCAUUUAGAGACUUCAGAAGACUAUUUUCACAUAAUUCUUAACCCUGCUUGUUUAUAAGAGAAGUUUUGAAAAGGUUUUGUUACCACUGCUGCAUGUAAGUGAAGGUAGAGAUCUAAAAUGACUUAUCCAGAGCCAUACACCAAAUCUGCCUCUUCUUACCGCUAGUUUCAUAUUUCAGAUUGAAACUGGAAGAAUCAUGAAUAUCUAGCUAUAGCACAUAGUAAAUGUUCUAAAGUAAUUAAACUUAAUUGCGCUGUUAAACUGCUUCAUUCCAAAGGUAGUUAUUGUCUUAUGAAUAAAUACUCGAAAUUUU